CUGGGGCUCCCGGCGCGGGGGACGCUGGUGGCCAAGAUGGCGGCGGAGCUGGUGGAGGCCAAAAACAUGGUGAUGAGUUUUAGAGUCUCCGAUCUCCAGAUGCUUCUUGGUUUUGUUGGCCGAAGUAAGAGUGGACUUAAACAUGAACUUGUCACCAGGGCACUACAGCUUGUUCAGUUUGACUGCAGCCCUGAAGUCUUCAAGAAAAUUAAGGAACUCUAUGAGACUCGAUAUGCCAAGAAGAGCUCUGAUCCUGUACAACCCCACCGGCCUUUGGACCCGCUCUCCAUACAUUCUUCCUAUGACCGGGGAAGUACUGUCCCCAGGACUUCUAUUUCUACUCCCAACAUUGACUAUCCUGUACUAUAUGGGAAAUACCUAAAUGGACUUGGACGAUUACCUUCUAAAGUUGUCAAGCCAGAAGUCCGCCUGGUGAAACUGCCCUUCUUUAAUAUCUUGGAUGAAUUGCUGAAGCCCACAGAGUUAGUCCCACAGAAUAGUGAGAAGCUGCAGGAGAGCCCAUGCAUUUUUGCGUUGACGCCGAGACAAGUGGAACUGAUCAGAAACUCCAGGGAGUUGCAACCUGGAGUGAAAUCAGUUCAAGUGGUACUAAGAAUCUGUUACACAGACACUAGCUGCCCCCAGGAGGAUCAGUACCCUCCUAACAUUGCAGUAAAAGUCAACCACAGCUACUGCUCAGUCCCGGGCUACUAUCCAUCAAAUAAGCCUGGGGUGGAGCCAAAACGGCCCUGUCGUCCCAUUAAUCUCACACACCUCAUGUACCUAUCUUCAGCAACAAACCGAAUCACUGUCACCUGGGGGAAUUACGGAAAGAGUUACUCAGUGGGUUUAUACUUAGUACGGCAGCUGACCUCAUCAGAACUGCUGCAGAGGUUGAAAACUAUCGGAAUCAAACAUCCGGAGCUCUGCAAAGCACUUGUCAAAGAGAAGUUGCGUCUUGAUCCUGACAGUGAAAUCGCCACCACAGGUGUCCGAGUGUCUCUCAUCUGUCCGCUAGUAAAGAUGCGACUCUCCAUGCCUUGCCGGGCUGAGACCUGUGCCCACCUGCAGUGCUUCGAUGCAGUAUUCUACCUCCAGAUGAAUGAGAAGAAACCUACUUGGAUGUGUCCUGUGUGUGACAAACCAGCCCCCUAUGACCAGCUGAUAAUAGAUGGCCUCCUGUCCAAGAUCCUAAGUGAGUGCGAGGACGCGGACGAGAUCGAAUAUCUGGUGGACGGUUCCUGGUGUCCUAUCCGAGCUGAGAAGGAGAGGAGCUGCAGCCCCCAGUGCCCAAUCCUUGUCCUUGGAUCCUCCGAUGUGAAUGGGCUGUUACCCACCCCCAAUGGGAACAGUGAAAAUGGAAAGCCAAGUGCCGAUGUGGUGGACCUCACACUGGACAGCUCAUCCUCGGAAGAGGAGGAGGAUGAGGAAGAGGAAGAAGAAGAAGAUGAUGACGAGGAAGAUGGCCCCCAACCCAAACGCCGCUGCACGUAUGAAAAAGGUCUAGUCUCCGCCUGCUGACUGGGGCCUGGAGCGAGCAUUGUCCUCUGGGGACAGACUUGAAUACUCUGGUGCUUACAAAACUGGGAGGGAGGCAGGUUGCCUGGAAACCAAAUGCGAUCAGGUGUGGAAGGUUCUUGUCCCAGGCUGGCUUUCUCUGGGCGCCCAGCAGCUGAACUCCUCUGUUCCAAGGCAGGCGUUCUGCUCUCCAACCCCUGGCAUGUUUCCUGAGCUGGAGUAACCAAGUCAGACACUGGUCUAGGGUCUUCCUUGUAUGUCUUCCUCCUCUCUUCUCUUUCCCACUGGGAGGUGAGGAGCAGGUCUCCAGAUGCUACUCCCCACUCCUCUAAAAGCCCAAUGCUUAAGUAGCACUUUCAGAUGCCUGUGUUAGGAAGUUUGGGGGGUGGGGAGAAGUGGAGGAAGGGAAGUGAUGCAUCUAAAAUAAUUCCAGCCACCUAAAGCCAUCCAUCUACCUCCCCUUUUCCCUUUUCUCUUACUGGAAUCCUCAUCAAAAUGGAUACAAUGGGGCUGAGGAGGAGACAUAUGGGAGACCAAGACUUGAGGGUCCUCGUGAAGGCCUGUCAGGAGACCCAGUGCUACCAGGGCCAUCCUCUAUCCUGAUCUAAUCCCAUGUGAUUGGGGGUGAGGGGAAUAGGACUGGAUGUGAUCCACCCCCAGCCACAGACUGGGUGCUGCCAGUAGGAGGGGCCUUUCCUCCCAAUGCUCUGAUGACUCACCCCGGAAAUACAGAUGGGGAGGGUAGAGGGGAUAUGCUGGUUCCUGUUGGGAUUUUACUCACCCACCCCCACCCCAAAGCUGAGCAGAGAUCCCCACCCAGCUGCUGAACUGUCACAAAGGGCACACUGGGGACCUUUGGAGUGGCACUGAAAUGUCCAGGGUUUCCCCAAGGUGGGAAGGGAGAGCCUUGGACCUGAUUUCCACCUAUUUUCACGGUUUUCUUCGUUUCCUUUUCCCUCCAGUCCUCCCUGCCUUUUUCCAAACCCAGAAUAAUUUUCCUUUAUAUAAACAACUCUCCUAGCAAGGAAGCAAUAUCAUUUCAGGUAACAAUGGGAAAUGUGGUAGAGCUCCAAUUAAGUUUUACUGUAUAAAACAGGUUGCUCAGCUUGACUCCUCGGGAGCAUGGGCAGCUCAUGUCCAAUUUUUUCUAAUAUUUGUAUCCUAAUUUAAUUGUUUUUUAAAAAUGAAAAUAAAAAAGGUCUAGGCCAAGCCACUUAGAAACAUCAUGAUUCAGUUCCUGGUUUGGGUUGAUUUUUUUGGCCAGCUGUUCUGUACAUAUGUUUUCUUAUAUCCUCGUUUUGUUUUUGUAAAGAGAAAAAAAAAAAAGGAAAAAAAAACCCCAAAAUAUUUUUCUUUCCCUUCCGUACACAUUCUCCAGAAUUCAAAAGUAUAGUGUUUUGUUAAAUAAAAAGAUUUACAUUU